AUGCCGCACGAGAUAGCUGAUUCGGAUGCUGAAUCCGACUUUAACUCUCCCCAAAAGUUGUUGGUCACACUUGAUGGCGCACAUGAGGCCGGAAUUCCCUCUGUAGCUUCCCAGAUCAAUUUUGAGGAUUACAUGGACCCGACACAACGCCUAUCGUUCUCAAGCAACCUUCAAAGUGGCGAAAAAGCCACCAAUAGCACCAACAGCACCAUCAGACUUUUUGAUGGGAUGCAAGACGCACAUGAUGCACUAAAUGCCAGUCCUUCUGAUGGUCGAAGCACAGAUUCCAUGAACGUGUCAUCAAUCAUGCGGUCCAAGAAACGAGCACACAGUGUCAUGCAUGAAAGUUCGCACACCUCUGACUUUGAUGCUCCAAUCACAGCUUCUAAAGUCAAACGAACCAAGACCUACGGCCAUCGCUCGAAAACUGAUGGAUCAGAGCACAACGAUCUCUUUGCCGCAUCCUUGGAACCACCCUUUGAAACAGCCAACAUAUCUGCAGAACAACGAACCGCUGAUAAAAUAACUCCAAAGACUUCCAUGUAUCCAGAUGAGGCCUCUGAUCCAGACAUACCUAGCUUGAGUACUGCCGACUAUCCGAAACAGAUCAGUUUCUUCGACCAUUCGAUGCCAAACUCACUGCAAAACAUUACGACCUCGACUGCCUCUAUCGGGGGCUAUGCUUCCAUAAAUCUCAACUAUCGAGGCUCUGGUGAAGUUGAUGUCAACUCAAACCCCUUUGGCUCCGUUAGCCAAGUCUCUCUAGAUGAAGGCGUAAAUCCAGUCGAGACUGAAAGGGCCACAAGCAUGUUCUACGAUGAUCGGUCACCUCUAUUGCCUGACCAGCAGAGGGAAGAUUUGUAUAUUAUCAACGAAACCAAUUCACUGCCUCAACCUCUGUCGGUUGGCCCAUCGUGGGAACAUCCUCCUACUGUCAGUUCCCCAAAUGAUGGAAAUCCACCCCGAGACGGAUCUACCAAUGUGCAGGACAAGAACGAUUGGGCAGUGUCAACCUCGAAGCCAAUCAGUAUGACACGUACACCAACUGUCACUGAAGACCCCGUUCCCACCAAGAAACGCGGACGGAAACCGAAGAAUGCGACAGCACCCACAGAACCACCGACUGCCAUUGUACCUGACCAGGCGGCGGACGAGCAAAGCCUACCCGAUCUUGAGCCGAUACGGAGAUCUCGACAGGGUACAAUCGAUUCAGUUUCUGCAACAUCUCAAGCCUCAUCUUCAAGCAGAAAAAGGAAACGAGGAAAGUCAAAGCACUUGGCAAAACCAGACGAAGCAGCUGACAGCCAGUCACCUGUGAAACAGCUCACAAGUGAAUUGAAUCUGAGUGACGAACAAUUCAUUGGGCUUCCAAAGGAAAGCUACAAGCCACGUCCGAGCAGAUCGCGGUCAAAGAAGGUCAUGGAUGAAGAUGAAGUUCUUGCCUCCGCCAAAACUGUGGAAGUUGCAACUGAAACUCCUGCAAAAAACAAGACCUUGUCAAUGCACCUAUCACCUCAGGGUGCACAAUCCUCUGUUACAACGGGAAAGUCAAGUACUAAGAAGAGUGGCCGUAAAGCUAAAGUAAAACGAGCCAAAACAGCAGGUGUUGCACUGAAACUCGCUGAGCCGAUGAUCAGUGAGGGUGAGGAAGAUGUGGUGUGGAUGGACUCAAAGCCUGCCCCCGUCAAAUUAGAGCUCCCUCGUGAUCUCAAGGUAGUGAAAAAGGAGAACAACCAAAAUGUCCUCGCUGAAGAUGCAUUGAGAGAUGAGUCUGGUCCCACUCAAGGAAGAACUACCAGCAUUACAAUCGAGAUUCCACCAGUGCUUAAUGAAUCUACAAUCAACACUGCUUCGAAACCUGCGCCUAAGAAGCGCGGUCGAAAGCCCAAAAAGCCACAACCAGACACAUCAGUGGAUGCAGACCAGGCAAACAAUGAAGUACUUCCAGCAGAGGACGAUCGAAAACCUUUGGCUGAGAAGUCGAGUAACAUUUUGCGCUCAAAAGCUAGAAGCUCCACGCCGAAGGCACCGACAGUCUCCCCAUUGUCAUCUCCCGAACCAGAACCGGAAACUGUCCCACAACAGACGACAACGCCAGCAAAGAACACAACGCCAACCAAAGCUAUUGCUGUAGAAAAGGGUCCGACUAAACACUCCCCUAUCAAUCCACCUUCACUGCCUGGUAGUGUGGGAAAGAAAAUAAUAUACCGGAUCGGCUUGUCGAGGAGACAGCACAUCCCCAGUCUACUGCGACGUGUGCAACGUGACAAAGCGCCACCAAAGAUCGUGGUGGCAAAGGAAAAAGAAAAGAAGAAAAAGAACGCCGGCGACAAUGGCAGUGAUGAUGAUGUUGAAGAUCGACGUGAAAUGAGAGGUGCUGACGGCAUGUUGGUCGAGUGGGGUGACUGA